GAGAGAGUUGGACUGAGUGAGUGGGUGAGAGUGUGUGUAAGAGUGUAAGAGUGUGUAUGUGUGUAAUAUGUUGUUUGGACCGAAUGUAGCGGUGUAAAGGCGAGCUUUUUGUGUUCGCUUCGUUUUGUUUGAUACACACACAGAGGAAGAGAAGGUUCCCGAAUCUGCCGCAGAGCCUGAACCACCAUGCCUUUUACUGCGGGAGAGUUUCUCUCGGGCUCUCUGUUAAUCCUGCUGCUGGUCGCCUGCUCUUCCGAGUUGUCCUUGUCGCCCGAGGAGGCUCACCAGUUUCUAAGAAGGCACAGGCGGGCAAACCAGGUUUUCGAAGAAACCAAAAAGGGGCACUUGGAGAGGGAGUGUGUGGAGGAAAGAUGCUCCAAAGAGGAGGCGAGAGAAGUGUUUGAAAACGACCCAGAAACGGAAUAUUUCUUCCCCAAGUAUUUGGCGUGUGUUGAGAAGUUUGCAGACAAGAAGAAGGAAGACCUGAUCACCUGUGUCCACAACAUUCCAGACCAGUGCUCCCCCAAUCCAUGUAACCAUCAGGGAACGGUGCGCUGCGAGGACAAAAAGGGGGAAUUCCUCUGUCACUGCUUCACAGGGUGGGAAGGUCCCAAGUGUGAGCAAGAUGUGAACGAGUGCAGUAACGAGAAUGGAAGGUGUGAUCAGGAGUGCACCAACACAAAGGGAAGUUACCGCUGCUCGUGUCGAGAUGGAUACAAACUCUACCAACACCACAAAUGUUUGGAUGUUGAUGAGUGCAGCGAUAUUCCUGAUGUGUGCGGAACAGCUCAGUGCAGGAACCUGAUGGGAAGCUUCGAGUGCCUUUGUGAUGUCGGCUACAUAUACAACAACGAGACCAAGUCCUGUGAUGACGUUGACGAGUGUGAAUCACGAGUGUGCGAGCAGGAGUGUGUCAACACGCCAGGUAGUUUUUAUUGCCUCUGUGAUGGCAGACAGAGGAAGAAGCUUGGACAAAACCUGACGAGCUGUGAGCCUAUAGAGACUUGUCUGAAUUUGGAGAUGAGCAGGAACCCUCGCUCUCUGUACCUGGGCCGUAUGUUCAGCGGGAUUCCUGUGGUGAAGCUACGCUUCCGUCGCCUUGUUCACACUGGCUUCACAGCAGAGUUCGACCUGAGGACGUACGACUCUGAAGGAGUCAUCUUUUUUGCCGGUGGACACUUAAACAGCUCCUGGAUCGUCCUGGCCAUCCACAAAGGAUAUCUAGAACUGCAGCUGAAAUACGGAUCUGUAAGCCGAGUGACCAGCAGCGGUGCGUUGGUUAACGAUGGGCAGUGGCACAAGAUCUCCGUAGAGGAGCAGGGACGGAGCCUCGUGAUAAAGAUCGACAAUGAGGCUGUGAUGAAAAUCGCUGUGAACGGAGACCUGUUUACUCUCAAGAAGGACCUGCAUGAGCUCAACCUCACUGUGGGAGGGGUCCCUUUUAAAAAGGAUGGACUGGUUAACAAGAUAAACCCACGUCUGGAUGGCUGCAUGAAAGAGUGGCGCUGGCUGUCCGGUGAUGACUCCUCUAUCCAGGAAACGGUUCGUCACAACGAGCGCAUGCAGUGCUACUCUGUCGAGGACCACAGCUCCUUCUUCCCUGGACAUGGUUUUGCUUACUUCAAUCAGACACAUGGUGAUACACAGGUGCUAAACAUGCAGCUGAACAUACGUCCUGCCUCCACUGUUGGAGUUUUGUUUGCACUCGUGCACCAAGAUACUGUGCCUUUCGCCAUCUCCAUUUCUGACUAUCAUUCUGGAAAGAUGAAGUGGACGCAGCACGUACUGGUGACCUUCAGGGAUGUGAUCGUGGCUAGUGCUGAAGUUCAUCUGUGUGACUCUGAGACACACACAGUGAACGUGACCGUUGCUGGAAACAGGACCAUACUGGAGGUGGAUGGGAAGCAGGGUCUCGCUGAAUCCGUAGAACAUCUGGAACCUCUGGACUUGUCCUCGUAUAGCACCUUCGUAGGAGGUAUACCAGACGUUUCUCUGGUCUCCACACCAGUUUCUGCCUCCUAUGUCGGCUGCAUGGACGUCACCGUUAACGGCCGGCUGUUGGACAUGGACGAAGCCCAGCACAAGCACAACGAUAUCCGUUCCCAUUCCUGCCCUCUGGUGGGUCCCCACCAGUGAAAAAAAAGUACUAAUUUUGCGAGGACCAAUCGGAAGACAGGGCGGUCCUGGACCCAGCUUAAGCCUAGUCCUAGAACCGAAAUGCCUUUAAAAGGAAAAUUAGUUCAAGCCGAAGCUUGAUACGGUUCUCACUUAGCCACAUGCUCAACGUUUUCCCAAAGCAAAAACACUCUUUAAACUGGUAAAACCAAACCUGAGUUUUUAUUUUUGACAGUUUGCGCCGACAUUCUGCUGCACACGUUCGCCUCCGACUGUAAGCAAUGUAUACGUAAUCACACAGACACUGUAACUUGUAUAUUUCUAUUAUACUCACUGAGACACAGGGAAGGUGUGUGUACUAGUGUUAAACACCUGAACUAGCACUGCGCCACAUCACGAGCUACUGAGAACGAGCGCGCUCUUGUAACAUAUUGUAAAUACGACUGUACAAUGCUUUUUAGACAGAACAAAGGAGAAACAUUCGCUACCUUUCAUUUGGUGAAUAACAAAAGGCCUUCAGGUCACCAAAAGGCCGAGUAGGUGCUCAAAGUCCCGGCGGUUUUGUUAUAAAUUUGGGUUCUGUCACUACUGUUUGUUUUAAUCUCCUGUAUUGUAUAUGAAAUCUUGUUUUUGUAACCGUCGUUCAUAACAUCGAUCCUUGGUGCGGUCAGCACUGAGAAAAUGUUUGGUCUCCUUUGUCCAGCUAGAGACUGUAUGCACUGUUUAAAAAAAACAAAAACAAAAUAAAAACAGCUGUUAUAAAA